AAAAUAUAUAAAUUAUGACCUCAAGUUCUCGCAACGAUACAGCAGAUGACUCAGGAGUUCGUUAUUUUCCUUAUCGUAUCACGUGUUCCCAGUCUCGACAGUCUAGUCAACUUACUUCUCAGCUUAGUGACUCUAAUCAACUUCCUCUCCAGCCUACACAAGAGCACUUAUCCUCCGUGGCUAUUAAUUCAGCAAGAGAAAAAUUGCUCACAUUUAAAAAAGCCCGAGAAGAAGGGGAAGAAGUGGAAGAAAGUACCUUCCUUUGUUCGUUCAACAGUAAUAGGACGUAUCACAGUAUUGAUGGGUAGAUGGAAUGAUCAGGAUUUGGAUUAUGGUACUGAUGCAACCGCAAUUCUGGGUCAAAACAUUGCAAAGGAAUCUGAUUUUUGGGUUCGACCAAGACAUCGUCCCGAUCCACCAGCUGGAUCAGGUCAGGGCGUAGAUGGAAAGGAUAAAGCAUAUCCAACAAUGAUGAUUGAAGUUGGUUUUUCUCAGAGUCUCCCGCCUGAUCCUCAUCAAAUAGCCGCUCUCUACUUUAAUCGACGAACCACAAUCCAGAUUGUGUUAACCAUCAAGAUAUUUGGAAAACGUAUAAACACUAAUACAAACACUAGUACUAUUGCACUAAUUUCUGCAUUGUACCUUCGUACAAGCACAACCCCACUGAUUCUAACUAGUGUCAUUUUUUCAUUUCUUUUGGGACAGCAAAUCCUGAUACAAAUAUUGUAAAAUAUAUUAUUAAUCAAAUGGGUGUUCCUUCUGGUAGCUUUUAUUGGUGUUGGACAUUCUGAUCCUAAUAAUAAUAAUAAAUUUCCUCCUUGCAAUGCGGCAAAUCUUCCAGAUUACCAAAUGAAUAUUCCUAGGCCAGAAAUAUUUGAUGGAGUUCACAUUUACUUCCCGCAGGGUUUCCUAUUGUACCAAAUACACCUCCUGCAGGGUUUGCUGCCGGAUUUAAUUUGGAUCUCUGGGAAGUUCAAGACAUAAUACGACGACACAUAUAAUUUUAUAGGUGUGAACUUGGUUGGCUGAAAAAGCAUUAAUAAAAAAAGUCUAUUGCAUUUAAUUUGUAUUACAUAUUAGUGUAAGAAUGCAAUGUUAUUUAUUUUUUUGCGAGACAACUUAAUCAUCAUCAUUAGUAGAAAAUUUUUCUCAAAGUAAAUUUUUUAGCUAACACUAAUUUUAAUAAAAAAGAUUAUCUGUUAUACUUUCAC